AUGGAGCUGCGCUCGGAGCUGCCCAGCGUGCCCGGCGCGGCGACGGCAGCGGCGACAGCGACGGGGCCGCCCGUGGCGUCAGUGGCGUCAGUGGCGGCGGCCGCGGCGGCGGCCGCGUCGCUACCGGUGAGCGUGGCGGGCGGUCUGCUGCGGGCGCCGCCGCUGUUGUUGCGGGCGGCCGAGAAGUAUCCGCGGACCCCCAAGUGCGCGCGCUGCCGCAACCACGGCGUGGUGUCCGCGCUCAAAGGCCACAAACGCUACUGUCGCUGGAAGGACUGUUUAUGCGCCAAGUGCACGCUCAUCGCCGAGCGCCAGCGCGUCAUGGCGGCACAGGUAGCUCUGCGCAGGCAGCAGGCGCAGGAGGAGAACGAGGCGCGCGAGCUACAGCUGCUCUAUGGCACUGCCGAGGGCCUGGCGCUGGCCGCAGCCAACGGCAUCAUCCCACCGCGGCCCGCCUACGAGGUCUUUGGCACAGUGUGCGCCGCUGACGGCGGGGGGCCCGGUGCGGGAGCGCCCGCGGGGACCGGAGGCGGCGCAGCGGGCGCAGGUGAGAGCGCGGCCAAGUUGCAGAAGUUUGACCUGUUUCCCAAGACGCUGCUUCAGGCAGGCCGCCCGGGCAGCCCUCAGCCGCCGCAGGGGAAGCCCUUAUCACCCGACGGCGCGGACUCGGGUCCCGGGACGUCGUCCCCGGAGGUGCGGCCCGGCUCGGGCUCGGAGAACGGCGAUGGCGAGUCCUUUUCGGGGUCUCCCCUGGCCAGGGCCUCCAAGGAGGCGGGUGGCAGCUGCCCGGGCAGCGCUGGUCCCGGCGGCGGCGGCGAGGAGGACAGCCCGGGCUCCGACAGCCCUCUGGGCUCCGAAUCCGGUUCAGAGGCUGACAAAGAAGAGGCCGAGGCCGCGCCGGCGCCAGGGUUGGGCGGAGGCCAGGGUCCACGGCAGCGGACGCCGCUGGACAUCUUGACGCGCGUCUUCCCGGGCCACCGGCGGGGCGUCCUGGAGCUGGUGCUGCAGGGCUGCGGCGGCGAUGUGGUGCAGGCUAUCGAGCAGGUGCUGAACCACCACCGCGGAGGCCUGGCCACCGGGCUGGGCCCCGCCGCGCCCCCGGAUAAAGCCGCGGUGGGUGCGGCAGCAGCUGCGGACGACGCGUGGCCGGGCCGCGUCGACGCCGCCGCCGCCGGGGGCCCCGGGUUACCGGCGCCGCUGCAGGCCGGGCCCGCCGCACCCCCGCACCACAGACCCUUGCUGGCCGGCUCCAUGGCGCCCGGAGCGCUGGGCUCGCUGAGCAGCCGCUCGGCUUUCUCGCCCCUGCAGCCCAACGCCAGUCACUUUGGUGCCGAGGCGGGCGCCUACCCGCUCGGCGCACCGCUCGGCCUCAGCCCGCUGCGCCUGGCCUACUCGGCGGCAGCGGCACACAGCCGCGGCCUGGCCUUCAUGGCGCCGUACUCCACCGCCGGGCUGGUGCCCACGCUCGGCUUCCGCCCGCCUAUGGACUACGCCUUCAGCGAUCUCAUGCGCGACCGCUCGGCCGCCGCCGCCGCGGCUGUGCACAAGGAGCCGACCUACGGCGGCGGCCUGUACGGGCCAAUGGUUAACGGCGCCCCUGAGAAGCAGUAG